CAAGGAAGCGGAAGAAAAAUGUCAGGGUAUCUGCUUGCCACCAUGUAUUACCUCCUCAUUCAAAAAUGUCACUGUGUGGGCGUGGCAGAUCCCAAUACUGAUCCUUAUUGGAACAUGUGCUCGGUUACAGAGCGACAUUGUGGCAUCAAUAUUACGGAUUCGACAAAGCAACAAGUGAAAAGAAGUACUCUCCCAGAGGCAUCGGUCGAAAAAAUCUAUUUCAGAAAAUCCUUUGUCAAGCCAUUCGUUGUCUACUACGAAAAGUUCCAAAGAGACACCUCAAAAUUGUCAGUUAUUGAAAUCGAAUCCCUGGAAAGGAGCUUUUGUUCAGGGUCCUUGGUUAGUUCACAGCAUGUGUUGAGUGCUGCCCAUUGCGUGUGUGUUUUCAAGAAGGAUUGUGCCAGAAGCGGAUUCUUGGGUCGAUUUGAAGUGCAAUAUGAUCCUACAAAGCACAUUACUCUAUGGGUGGGCUUAUCUACCAACGACUUGGAAUUUAGAUACAAGGCGUUUCCAAAUAUUCUGGAUGCCAACUACAAGGUGUCGAGUGUCCUUCUCCAUCCGUUGUACCAAACCGAAGGUCUAUUCGAUCUGCACGAUAUCUGUAUCCUGAAGCUGUCAAGACCAGUUUGUCAGGCCCCUAAAAUUCAACCCAUCCAUCUUCCAACGCCGGAGAUCUUGGAACGGAUCGGGAACGGUGGCAGUCCCAUGGGAAACCUAACUUACGGGUCUGGAUCUGUUUUGGCUCUAACGUAUGUUCAUACCGGUGGUUACGGCAUUUCUAAUGAAGACAAACAUACAUGUAAGACUACUCGAAAUGGACCAGCACCGUUCCAAUACUGCAAGUUUCCCUUCAAAGUUAAGCUACCGGAGGAAUCUCACCUUCAGUGUAAAAUCAGGGAGAAAUUAUUUCACGGUUGCGUUCCCAUCACGGAGUUAUUUCCGCCAAAUUAUUAUCAACGCCAAUGUAGAGAAUUUGAGAGUAUCUGGUCGUCGGUUCACAAUGGCACGUUGCAGGGCUUGCUUCACCACAACAACCCAUGGCUGUCACCGCAAAACUAUCAAGUAAUAAAUGAGGCCAAUAACUGCACGAACCAAUGCUACACCUACUACCUCCUCCUCCAAUUUUACCCAGUUUCUUAUUCAAAAUAUGGAUGGUGUGCUACUUGUGAUCAAAAUGCCAACCCUGGUGAACCAAAUUAUUGUGGGGUGGACAGUUCCAAAGAUUUGGAGGCUGAAAUGGCGGUGGCCGAGCCCAAUAGAAAUUGGGGCUUCUGUCAAUGGAAUUGCUCAGAUAGGAGUGAAAACCUAGCGUUAAUGCCCAACUAUGAGGAUGGACCCAACAUGUAUCUCUCUGAGAAAGACUGCGCUCAACUCCUUCAGAAUUCCAUCAAUUUGACCACAGAGUUUUGCUCCUCUUACGUGAAUGUGGAGGAUCAACGACGUUUCAAAAUCAAUAGCAAUGGAACCAUCUCACAAGUUCCCUACCGCCUGGACAACUUGGAUCUAAAAUACACCGGAUCCUUUCACAAAUCCAGAUACAUUUGUGAGGGUGAUUCAGGCGGACCUUUGUGGAUCAACUGGCCUGAUGUGCACUACAACGAGACAGAUGUAGAGGCGGUGAUCCAUGAAAAUGGAUCAAGAUCGGUGAAGUUCUUUCACUAUGACAACUAUGAAAAUGCAGAAGAUCUUCGGGGUUCAACCACGUCUUUCAUUCUCGGAGUGACCAGACGAGGUGAAGGCUGCGGUUACUACAACAAGCCAGCUAUUUUUGCCAAGGUCCAAUACUACUUGGAUUGGAUCAAAGACAACAUCAAGGAUGCGGAAAAUUCCACAAAUUUUUGCCUAACUGGUACUGAAGGUUGGAACAAGGAGUUCAACUCGAAUUUAUUGGAUCUAGACAAACUCGUAUUGGAACCGAUUGGAACUCGGGGAAUUUGGAAUCAGAUCGGGAAAGGCAAAUUUUCCCGUUUGACGCGGUAUAAGUUGGUUCAGGACGAUGGAAGUGGGUCGGAGCCAAGUCCCACAGGCUUUCUUGGAAUCAGAGACAUUGCCCUGGAUCUCAACCUGAUAUUUGAUGAUCAUGGGCUUUCUGGAUGAGAGAACUUGGCACAUAAUCAUGAAAACUAAUGGCAUCGUAGCCUUUUUCAUAGCCUCUUUAUUCAUUUACUCUCGAAAGAUCAUAUGUAUGAGUCAUGGGGAAAUCCAAUAAACUGUAAUCUAAUAAGACAA